GAAAAACAACUUUUUCACGGAAAGGAAUGGUUUGAAAGAAUGACGAACAACACCACGACACACGUUACUUCAGCUCGUAUGACUUACUUUGGCGCGGAACCAAUACUGCAGUUGACUGCCACUAGUUUCAUCGCACUGGUUGGCGUUAUGGGAAAUAUUCUCACCUGUGUCACACUAAUGAGCAAACACGAACCCUUCAAAUCACCCAUAAAGCAGUAUCUGAUAAGCUUAGCCGUGGCUGAUAUAGGAAUUCUCACUAUUGCCUACCCCAUGAUAAUUAUCAGAAGUGAGAUUAGCUGGCCGUUAGGUGAGUACGUGUGCCGAUUAAUUUUUCCUUUGACAGACGUAUUUUUCGGCGCGUCAGUAUGGGCAGUUACAGCUGUUUCCACGGAAAGAUGGCGAAAAAUAGUGACGACUAGACUUAAAUCAACAAUAGAAUCAUCGGGAUAUGCAAUGCGAGUCGUUGCAGCCAUUUGGAUUGCGUCCUUUCUGGUAACUUCUACACCAUUUUACAUUAUGGUUGAAUAUAUUGACACUGGAAAUGACAAACUUUGCUUCUACCAUUGGGAUAAAUAUGAAAUGUUCCACGAAGUGCACUCUGUCGUGUUAUUUUUGUUCUGGUUUGGAGUUCCAAUGGGCAUAAUUUUAUGCAACUACAUAUCAAUAACGAGGACACUCAAAGAAAGCACAAAAUUUAUCGUACAUUUUUACAAAACAAUCAGUGCGGAAUCUUCAAGCUCGUUCACAGCAACAUCAAGUCAAAUCUUUUCAAAGCUCAGCAGCACAAGUAACGCACCAGUCUGUCGCAGAUUAAAAGAAAACAAGCAAGCCCAGCUCAUCCUCACCCCUGUUGUCAUCAUGUUCGCCAUUACGAUGCUUCCUUUUAACUUAAUGCUCCUAACUCUGGCCUUCUGGCCUCAUUUAGCUCUGAUGCCAUUUUUCCCUGACAUUGUUUAUCUGUGCAUUUUGUUAGUAGUGGUCAAUUCGUCUUGUAAUCCCAUUAUUUACGAGUUGGUGAGCAGGAAUUUCAGAAAUUCGUUGUGGGCCGUUCUUGAGGGCUCUUGCAGGAAACUUUUUGAAUCCGAGAGAGAGGAUUUUGAAAGGGAACACGUGGUUUAG